AUGGCUGCGAGUCGUACGUUUGUGCUUGCUGUUUCAGUAGCCGUGCUGGCCACUGCAAUUAGUGCGGCGCCAACGAACGUCGUUGUCAAACCGCACAAUGCCGAGCUACAGGCAGCACUCGAAGAGUAUCGAGUGCGCUUCGACGAUCUUCACACGGAAAAGGAUCAGUUCCUGCAGUUUGCCCGCACAGGUCUAUGGGCUUCCUUGCGCCACAUGAACGAAGAAGUUCUGCAGGACUUGGGAGAGACGCGCAACACUGUCGAGUUCGGUUUCGAUGAUGUGCGGACUGAAAUCAGCUUGGUGAUCAUCAACGGUACGAGCAAUGAGCAGUGUCUGCUGGACUUGGUGCGGGAAAUCAUCGAUGAAAAGGUGGUUUUGGGAACUGAAAUUAGUCGCUGCGCGGCCGUCACAAUCGCCACCAUGGACGCGUUGCCGCAGUCGUUCUACGAGUUCAUAAAUUUGCUACAGAGACUGUCGAGCUCGAUCGCCGAAACGACACUCUACUCGUUCGUCAGUCAAAACUCAGUGAUCGAUCCCGAACGACACCUUGCGUUCCUGGAGGAUGCCUUCGUAGAAACUGAACGCACGUGGGUCGAGGAAGCCCUUCCUUUGAUUCAGUUCGAGCUCGAUGCCAUGGAGUACAACCGGCCAGUGAUCGUGGACGAAAACGCUGAAUGUUUACAGGUGAUUGCUGCCCAACAGCAAAGCUUCGAGGCAAACAUUCGCUCGAGAAUUCCGACGUGCGCUUAA